AUGUGGAAGGGGCUUAGUCUGUGUGCCUGCAAAACGAGAGUUCUGCUCCUCUCACCUCGAUGUGGAGGCCAUGUGGGGAGAAAUCGAACCGAAUGCAGUAGGGCUUCUACAUAUGCUUUCAGCACCACCAAGUGUUAUUCAGUAUCCCCUGCUCCAACAGACAAGGACCUCACUGCUUGUCUUGGAUCAACUCCGCCCGUCUUGGGUGCCAAUCUCAAACCGGCGCUCUGCAUAGGUGGUUCCAGUGAGCAUUGUGGCCGCACUUUGAGGUACCACAGCACGUGCAACAAAAAGGCACCUAGAGUAGAGUCAGAGAUACCCACUAGCGGUCCUUAUGUGAAGCCACGGGAAUCUAACGGCGGCGACCGGAAGUUCAUCUGGCGCACGACCAAAGAUCGCUUUAUAGACUUCUGUUUGUCGCCGGAGGAGGAAACGCGGCUAAAAUUAUGUCACGAGCGGAUAAUCGCCUCGUCCUGGAGUUCCGUGACAGCGGAGGAGGUGGCCGAGUGCUUGGUUACUCCAGAGGGACAAGGAAAAGCCAUGCAACCUUCGUUGUUGCAGCGGCUACGUUAUUUCUGGAGGUCCCCAGCGCACUUCCUCAUCUUGAUAAUCACCGAUGCUUAUCAAGCAACAGCUCAGGAAGGCAUUGCGGGAUUCUCAUUUUUGCUAGAUCCGUGCCCGCUUGUAGUGAUCAGUAGUGACUGCGCGAUAGGACUGUUUUUGACGCUAAGGAAGAGAGGCGCGAUUGCCCGGAGCUAA